UUGUGUUCCGGCUGCGUGUAGAAGCAAACAUGGCGGCCGAGGGAGAUGUGGAUUUGGACCUGGAAGCUGAUGAGAACUGCACGGGAAAACCAACAGAAAAGCCCCGAAAACAUGAUAGUGGAGCUGCUGAUUUGGAAAGGGUUACCGACUAUGCGGAGGAAAAAGAAAUAUCCAGCUCGAAUUUGGAAACGGCCAUGUCUGUGAUUGGAGACAGAAGAUCCAGAGAGCAAAAGGCGAAACAGGAAAGAGAAAAAGAACUGGCCAAGGUAACAAUAAAGAAGGAAGAUGUGGAGCUCAUUAUGGGAGAGAUGGAGAUUCCCAGAUCAGUGGCAGAGCGCAGUCUGAGAGAACACAUGGGAAAUGUGGUGGAGGCUUUGAUUGCUCUGACCAAUUGAGUGGAUGAGACAGCUUUGAGAUGUAUGGACACAUUGGACUGCUUCAUUCCUGCUCAUGAUCAACCCUUUUCACACUGUAUUUAGUCUCUAAUAAAGCAACCUUUUUUAACAGUCUUAAACAGUA